AUGAAGGACUUGGCCGAAAUCCCCCCUCGACCACGAACAAGGCGGGGGUUCUUCCGCCCGCACGAUACGUUGACCUCGUGCGAGGUAGAGCCGUACAUCGCACCCCCAGCUCCUCGGCUGCGGCCUAUUGCUCUUCCAGCCGUGGCACCACUGCCAGACUGGCAGCAAGACGCAUCCAGCGACGAAGGCGGAUACGGCUAUGCGCAAACCUGUCUGUCAUCUCCUGAAGGCGGAGUAGUCCCGUCUUUGGAGCCAGGCCUCCAAGUUGGCCUUCCCAGUCCAGGCGGUCGUGGUGGACAUACCUGA